AACGAUAAUAUUAAAAAUAGCAACACUGUUCGUGCCUUUAAUCAAAAUGGCAGCACUGUCAGUGAAGUAUUUUUUUAUUCUUUGACAUGUUUUCUUUUUGAGUGUGAUUAAUUUUAUUACGGCAUUAAUUUUCGUUAAAAUUAACUGAAAAUAUUAAUGUCUGCAUAAUUAAGAAGUGAAAUAGUUUAACGAUUUUAACGAGAAGGCAGUUGUAAAUAAAAAUGGCAUCCUUAACACGUCUGUUCGAGCGGAAUUUACGUAAUUCCAGCACUGCAGGCAGGCGGCUUUACAGUCAGACACAAGAAGAACCAGCUGGUAACAAGCAUGAAUUUGACGACGAAGAAUUUCGUGUACUCAACUUGCGUGCCGUAAAGCAGGCAGACCAACAGAAGCGUCGCGUAUUCAAAAAGGAAGCAGUGCUGCCGCCUCGUCACCUCAAAAUGGCAACGGAUCAGGAUUGGACUGCUGUAUGGCCGGGUCCACGCUCAUUUCAACCAUCCUCUGUGCCCCUGCCACUACGUCAAGGUUAUACGGAAAAGGGCGCUGCACCCCCUUCUAAAUUCGCGAAUGCGGAGCUUAUGAAAAUUCCAAAUUUUCUACAUUUAACACCACCGGCGAUUCGACAACAAUGCGAAGCUUUGAAAAAGUUUUGUACACCAUGGCCUAAAGGUUUAGAAACCGCGGAGAAAUGUGAAAAAUAUUUUCCUAUCGAAAUUAAAAGUACAGAUUAUUGUCAUGCGCUACCCACCAUACGUAAUCCGGAAGCUCGUCGUGUUACGCUGAAUAUUAAAUUGUCGGAUUUGAAAUUUGAUGCACAUGCAAAGGAUAAAUUUUUACGUCUAGUUGGCGAUCGUUACAACCCGAAUACGGGUAUUUUGACAAUUGUGGCGGAUAGAUGUCCUUUGAGGAAACAAAACUAUGACUAUGCAAUGUAUUUGUUAACCGCUUGCUAUCAUGAAUCAUUCGUUACCGAGCCAUGGGAACAAAGCAAAACGGAAGCGGAUAUGGAAUAUUACAGUUUUGAACGAAAUAAGUCCAAACAGUCAGCUGAAGCAAUAAUAAAUUGGGGUGUAACUACGGAAGAGACGAAAUCGCAAGUGAGUGCCGAUUUUGCACAAAGUGUAGAACUCCUAAUAAAUGAAGGCGAAAAUGAAUACAAUUUGGGAAAGUAUAAAGAGGAGGUAUUAAAGUUGCUAAAUAUAAGAAACGAAUAAUUGUUCAAAUUUCGUCUUAAUAAAACUAAAUAGAAUGUUGCGAAAAAUGAAUAAAGUGCUUGUUUACCGUUUUAAUAA